CUCCAGAGCAAAGAUGGUAAGACCCCCCUCCACAUGACAGCCAUCCACGGGAGGUUUUCUAGGUCUCAAGCUAUUAUUGAAAAUGGUGCUGAGAUUGACUGUGAAGAUAAGAAAGGAAACACACCACUGCACAUUGCAGCUCGAUACGGGCACGAGCUCCUCAUCAACACCCUUAUCACCAACAGAGCUGACACAGCUAAACGAGGGGUUCACGGUAUGUUCCCUCUGCACCUGGCCGCUCUCAGUGGAUUCUCUGACUGCUGCCGGAAGCUGCUGUCUUCAGGGUUUGAUAUUGAUACUCCUGAUGACUUUGGAAGGACCUGUUUACAUGCUGCUGCUGCUGGGGGGAACCUGGAAUGUCUCAAUCUUCUCCUCAACACGGGGGCAGACUUCAACAGAAAGGACAGCUUUGGCAGGACCCCUCUGCACUACGCUGCUGCCAACUGUAACUACCAGUGCCUGUUUGCUCUGGUGGGCUCUGGGGCUAGCGUCAAUGACCUAGACGAGCGGAGGUGCUCUCCUCUGCACUACGCCGCUGCCUCUGACACAGAUGGAAAGUGCCUGGAGUAUUUACUGCGAAAUGAUGCAAAUCCAGGGAUCCGGGACAAUCAGGGCUACAAUGCUGUGCACUACGCCUCGGCAUAUGGACACCGCCUCUGUCUGGAGCUGAUUGCAAGUGAAACACCUCUAGAUGUGCUAAUGGAAACCUCAGGGACGGACAUCCUGAACGACUCCGAUGUCAGAGCACCAAUCAGCCCUCUGCACCUUGCUGCAUACCACGGUCACCACCAUGCUAUGGAGGUUCUGGUGCAGUCUCUGCUGGAUCUGGAUGUGAGAAACAGCCAAGGGCGCACCCCCUUAGACCUGGCUGCCUUCAAGGGCCAUGUGGAGUGCGUGGACGUCCUCAUCAACCAGGGAGCCUCCAUCCUGGUCAAAGACUUCACUUUGAAGCGAACCCCCAUCCAUGCAGCAGCUACGAAUGGUCAUUCAGAAUGUUUGCGUUUGCUGAUUGGAAAUGCUGAUCUUCAAAGUGCAGUAGAUAUUCAAGAUGGGAAUGGACAAACCCCCUUGAUGCUGUCAGUGCUGAGUGGACACACAGAUUGUGUCUAUUCUCUACUAAAUAAGGGAGCCAAGGUAGAAGCCAAAGAUAAGUGGGGCAGGACAGCCCUGCAUAGAGGAGCGGUGACCGGUCAUGAAGAAAGUGUGGAGGCCUUGCUUCAGCACAACGCCAGUUUCCUGGUGCGAGACUGUAAAGGGCGCACACCGGUCCACCUGGCAGCGGCGUGUGGACACAUUGGGGUACUGGGAGGCCUGCUGCAUGCUGCCCAAUCAGUGGAAACACUCCCUGUCUUAACAGACAACCAAGGCUACACCCCACUGCACUGGGCCUGCUACAAUGGUCACGAUACGUGUGUGGAGGUUUUGCUGGAGCAAGAGGUUUUUCACAAGGCUGAAGGCAGCUCUUUCAGCCCCCUCCACUGCGCUGUAAUCCAUGACAACGAAGGGGCUGCUGAGAUGCUGAUAGACACUCUGGGCCCUGCCAUUGUCAAUGCCAAAGACAGUAAAAACAGGACCCCACUGCAUGCAGCAGCCUUCACUGACCAUGUAGAGUGUCUCCAGCUGCUGCUGAGCCACAACUCUCAGGUCAACAGUGUGGAUGCUGUAGGGAAGACCCCGCUCAUGAUGGCGGCUGAAAAUGACCAAGCCAACGCUGUCGAGCUGCUGGUGAGCAGUGCGAAAGCAGAUCUCACUCUGCAGGAUGCUGUGAAGAACACUGCACUUCAUCUCGCCUGCAGUAAGGGACAUGAAACCAGUGCCUUGUUGAUAUUGGAGAAGAUUACAGACCGAAACCUCAUAAAUGCUACUAACGCCGCCUUACAGACGCCUCUACACGUGGCUGCAAGAAAUGGUUUAACUGUGGUGGUCCAAGAGCUUCUUGCAAAGGGAGCCAGUGUACUUGCAGUCGAUGAAAACGGUUACACACCCGCCUUGGCUUGUGCCCCCAACAAAGAUGUGGCAGACUGCCUAGCCCUCAUCCUGGCCACCAUGAUGCCUGUGUCCCCCUGCGCCCCGGCCCCCACCCUCCCUUUCAGUGCCAUUAACCACUACACAACCAGCCCCUCCAAGAGCAUCACCUUCGACAGUCUGCCCACGCUGCGCGACGAGCACAGCUCCUACUGCAGCUUCAACAACAUCGGCCAUCAAGACGGCCCCUAUAAGGAAGAAGAGCUCAAUGACUCGGACUCAGAGACGUACUGAGGGACAGGAGGAAACGAUAAAUGCAUAAACACACACACUGUGUCUUAAAAAAAAUCACCCACCGCCAGCUUGGGAGGGCAGAAGUAGAAAGAAAAAGCCCCCACAGGAGCCUUAAGAGCCCCCCACCCAACGAGAGAGCAAGAGAGGGAGGAGGUGCAGCAGGCUGGCCCACACUCAUCCCGACCUCAUGCAGCACCAGGUGUCCUUCAGCUGAUACUGGACCUCAGUGACCGCUGCUUUACCAACACUGACUUCUUGAGUGCUAAAACUGUACGUACUUGUUGGGCGGACAGCGACUUUUGUACGGCAAUAACAUGCUGAAGAGGAAUGGUAGCACUUCUCCAAGAGCUAAACUGACAGGGACCAAAAGACAUGGAUGCAUUUUAAACAAGUUUCGACUGUGUAAAUGAGAUUGUGAAAUAUUGGGUUUAUUGGUUGGGGGGGGAUGAUGAUGAUGAUGAUGAUGAUGAUGAUGAUGCCAGUUUUCAUUUUGGGGAUUUCUUGAUGCGAUGGAGAAGGUUGAUGUCUGCACACUACAUCCGUCAGAAUGCACUUGUCCUUCAAGUCUGUAAGUCAUACAGGCGUGGAAAAUCAUUUAUAUUUUUUAGAUCAAAAUUGUAAUAUACCCAUGUCCAUGUCUUAAACUCCUUAUCCUCUAGGAAGAAAACAAGUCUGACUUACUGACCUUAAAAACAUUUGAUAUGUGCACCAGGUUCUUUUUAAAUUGAUCAACCAUACCUUUGUAUAUUGACCUGUCCAUUGCGGUUUAGUCUUUCAAGAAUAAAUUAUUUGUGUAAUUUCAGUUCCUAUUUAUGUGUUCAUUUCGUGCCUUCAUUAGUUACUGAGAAAAGGUGAGUUUGUUGAGGCAGCUGUGAAAGUACAGUGAUGCGCACUAGGUAGGUAAUGAAACAUUUUGAAGAAUCACUGUACUGAGGUAUCUGAGGCUCAGCAUUGUGAGAAGAAACACUGUAAAACCAAUGACAGGACAGCGUUUGAUUUUCUUGUUUGAAUGAAUUUGCUCUUAUAUUAGUCAAUGUUUGUUGACAGGUUUUGCUUGCUUUAACUUAAAAAAAAAGAACCACUCGAUUCAACCAUGUUUCAGAUCUCCCCAUUUCUGUCUGUUUUCCUGUUUAAAAAUCCUUUUAACUGGAAAUAUGUACAAUACAUUUGCUAGCUUCUUUAGAAAGGAACAGGUGUUUUUCCUCUUUUCCUUGCUUUUUCUCGAAGAGGGAUGAAUCUAGCAUGUAUAUAGAAAUUAUAACUGUGAAUUCAACUCUCCAAUGAAUUCUUUCAGUACUGAGAUUGCUGUAUAUUUUAUGAGUAAUAAAGAAAUGAGUUAUUUAAUAAUGA